AUGGCUCAAAGCUCAGUUGAUUCGGAUAGACUGUCUUCUGCUGGUAUUUCUACUCAUAGCUCAGGAACAGCAGGAACUGUUGGAGGGUCAGUUGUUGGUGUGAGAGCUGGCGACCCCAAUCACAAGAGAGAUGAUGAGGAUGACUACAAUUUGGGUCCCUUACCUCCUAUGUGGGAAAAGGCAUUCACACCAUCUGGUGAAAGAUAUUUUAUAGAUUAUAACACAGGAACAUCUCAUUGGCUGGAUCCAAGAUUGGCACGGGUCAGGAAACACUCUCUUGGGGAAUGUGGCGAAGACGAGCUUCCGUAUGGAUGGGAACGAGUGACUGACGAAAGAUAUGGCUCAUACUAUGUGGACCAUAUAAACAGACGCACUCAAUAUGAAAAUCCUGUGCUACAGGCUCGUAGACUACGAGCCGAAAAAAUGGCGUCAGAAAAUGGCAACAACAAUCAAGUGAAUGGCCCUCCGCCAACAGGAGAGCUAAGAGGCGAAAGAUUCACAUUAAAUCUUACUAAAGGACCUCAGGGCCUGGGAUUCACUUUGAUUGGCGCCGAAGGAAUACCAGAGACAGAAGGAUACUUGCAAAUCCGCAGUAUCGUGCCCCACAGUCCCGCGUGGAUUGAUGGAGCUCUCCGGCCUGGGGACGUGGUAGUGGGAGUGGGCAAUAGAGGAGUGAGGGGGUUGUCGCACGCGCAGGUCGCGCAGAUCUUCCAAUCUAUCACACCCGGCACUGAGGUCACCUUACAUCUUGUGAGAGGCUACCCCCUAUCAUUCGACUCCGAGGACCCCAACACUCGUGUCCUCAGUACACUAGCAGUGGAUGCAACGACUCCAGCAACCUCUGAUGCAGUUGCCAUGCAGCAGUUGACUAGGGCUCUAAGGACCAGAUUCAACCUUGACUCUCCCAAUAACGUUGACACUUCGCAAGGUAGAGAUGAAACAGACAAUUCUCCGGACACGCCACACACUCCAAACCAACGGAGACUGAUGUCUAGGUCUUUUGAUUUGGAUGAAAUGGGAACAACUAAUGAAAACAAUAACUUGCCUCCGAGGUGCCCUUCUGCAGAUCAUCUGCUGUCCUUGGCCACAGAUCAUCAACAUCGUAAUAACAAUGGUAUUACAAGCGAACCCGGCCGCGAGCUAGUACUCACGCUACUUAAAGGCGCCGCUGGCUUCGGUUUUACUAUUGCUGAUAGCGUACAUGGACAGAAAGUUAAAAAGGUAUUGGAUCGCAGUCGAUGCGCCGGUCUUCGUGAAGGCGAUCUGUUGUUGCAAAUCGGUGAAACAGACGUUAGGCAUGCUCCACACCAGCAUGUUGUUCAAGUGUUGAAGGAGUGCCCGUCCCUGUCGGAGAGCACGCUCCGUGUGUGGCGGCACAGCGCUCGCGCGCCGCGCAGUCGCUCCGCAACACGCGCGCCCCUUCCGAAUUCAAACAAUAACGUCCAGUUGGGUCGCAGUAAGACACCGACGGCUGAGCAGUUGCGAUCGGCGCCCCUGCACACUCCGGACAAUGAACUGCGAGAAAGACAGAAUGGUCUAAAUUCAGUGGAAGCGACAUACGCAGUUCCCGAAUCGAAGAAUCGAGAAAAUCGUGAAAGUAUAAUGGAAAGGAGGCGGCGAAGUAGUACCCCUGGGGCAAGACUGACAUUACCAGUCGUCACACCAUGGAAUAAUCAGGAUAACCAAGAUAUACAGGAUAACCAGUGGCAACAACCCUGGCUAGACAACUCGAAUGUUAGAAACUGGGCGGAGACCCAAAAGUGGGAUGAGUCUGGCCAAAAGUGGGAUGGGAAUAACACGGAGUAUAUUGGACGGAUGGAUGGGCCAAGUAAUGGUUGGGAUCCCUCUCAAGAGAGAUGGAAUAAUAAUUGGGGGGAAGUCCCUACACCAACGGUUCAUGUGGAUAUGAAUGCAGCGUAUUGGAGGGGGAACGCCAGCGUCGCAGAUAGUAGUGAUAAUGGAGGUUUUCCUGAGGAUGGUAUGCUCCCGUCUCCCAGUACAGCGGCGGUGGGUGGACUGUCCAGGCAAUCACCCUCCACCAGCAGGAACCGUCCACAUUCGCCUUCUAAUUCCACUGGACGCAUGAGAAGCAAUUCACCUUCAAACGCGAGCGCUUCAGAACGACUUCUGAACAACUCUCCUUCAACACGUCUUCAAAGUCAGUCGCCAUCUAAUAAUUCAUCUAACAGUCGACUAAAAGGAUCACCGUUAAGGUUACGGUCACCGACACGAUCGCCAUGCUAUGCAGAAGAAACUCAGAAUGCACUAUACGUUGCCAGCUACCCACAGGCGGGCGGCGGCGCGGACCCGGCGGCGGACGUGCGCGUGCGGCUGGCGCGCGGCGCGGCGGGCUUCGGCUUCCGCAUCGUGGGCGGCACCGAGGACGGCAGCCGCGUGGCCGUGGGCCGCGUCGUGCCGGGCGGCCCGGCGGACGGUCUCCUACGGCCGGGCGAUUUGUUAACGUCAGUGGAUGGAGUGUCACUCGCCGGAGCCACACACGCGCUGGCCGUGGCUUACGUCUGCCAAGCUGCUGCUAGAGGACACGUGACACUCGGUGUGAGACACAAUAGAGCUGAUAUCCAGCCUCUUGGACUGCCAACCAUGCCAGCGACUCACCCCCAUCAACCUAUGUUGGCGGAACCGCUGCACCACGUGCCGGCUUCCUACAACAUCUUGCAUCCAGCGCCGAUGUACCCGCCCACCGCUCAUAUGUCCAUGUACGGUGUCCAAUACGACACAAAUGCAGGGUGGUCGCCGACGCCCUACGACGUGACCGUGACCCGGAACGAAGGAGAGGGAUUCGGUUUUGUUGUAAUAUCCUCUACCAACAAAGCCACUAGUACCAUAGGCCAGCUGAUCCCCAACUCGCCGGCGGCGCGCUGCGGGCGCCUGCGCGUGGGCGACACCAUCGUGGCCAUCAACGGGCAGCCCGUGCGCAACCUGCCGCACCCCGACGUGGUGGCGCUCAUCAAGCGCUCGGGCGCCGCCGUCACGCUCACCGUCACGCGCCACGACUGA